AUGGCGCUGUUGGAAUCGUGGGAGAAGGAGCUCGGAACGUCGUCGGAUGAGGAGUCCGUCGAGGGGGACAGGGUUCCUCGGUACGGCGCGGGGAGGCCGCGCGAAGAAGGACAUUCGGCGAAUAGGAUUACCAGAUUCUCCUCGUUCAACGGUUCUUCCUACAACACGAGGAAAUUUGCGGAAGGAUCGGCGGAGGGCGCCCCGGAGGGCUCGGCGGAGCGGAAAGAGGGUAUCAUGGCGCAAGGGACCGUGGCGGGAGCGGCAGCGGGGGCGGCAGCGGGGGCGGUGGCGACGGGGGCGACGACGACGUGGAAUCAUAGCAGGGUGGGGAGAAUCACCAAAUGGCGGAAUGCUGCAGAUGCCGCUCCGGGGAAUCCGGCGGACGGCGGACUGUCGGGAUCCUUCCGCGCGCGCGAGUUUCGGCGGCAGGCGUCAUUUGUAGAGCCCUCGCGCGCCGCCGCGAAGGCGCAGCCGUUCGGCGCGCCUAGUAACGGGUCACCGGAGCAUGCCUUUGUCGCGUACAUGGCUCAGCAGCGAUCCAGCCUGGAAAACCUCGAAGACGCCGCGUCGUUUUUCUGCGGCGCCGCGCACCAGGCGCGCUCCGACGAUGACACAGCGGUAGCGAAUAUCGAGCUUGCUUUUCCAUCUGCGGAUAAAAUCUCCUCCGGUGGGAUCGCAGGCCGAAAUGCCAUCCAGACUUUUUCUGACAAGACGGGAGCGUUAGGAAGUUUCGCGGAUGCAGCUCUGCCCGUAGAUCCGCCGGAGGAGGUAAGCCGCGCGUUGGCGGUGCUGUCGCAAUGGCGCGCUAAGGCGCAGAGCGGACGCGGCGAGAACGUGAGACAGCAAGUCGGAGGCAAUGUCAAAUCUCCUCCGUCCGCCGGUCCAUCGGAUAAGGUUGCUUCCGCAGGGUCCGCGGCUUCCGCUGCGUUCUCAUCAGUGUUCCCUCUCUCGUCCGCCGCUUCGCCUCCCGCCAGCCCUUCCGCCCCCCCGCACUCCGCCACCUUCCCCCUUUCCCUCGCGGGGUCCCCCGGCUCCCCCUCUUCCGACUCUUCCCCCACCCGCACUUCAUCCACGUCGUCUUCCGCCGUCCCCAUUGCGGCGCCUGUUACAGAUGCCAAGUCAGCAGCCGCUACCGCGCUCGCCAUCAUGCCAAUCAUGGCCAGGCACGCGCACGCGCGGGGGCUGGUCGGCGGACAAGCUACGCGCAACGCGCGCGCGGUCGGCGCAGAUUGCGGGAGGCCCGCUGCCGUGGAGUCUUGCGCGGACGCGCUGCCUGGCGCGCGCAGGGCGAACGCGGAGGGGGAAAAGGCCGUUGAUUUCGCCAACCAUAGCGGCGGGAUUCAGGCAGUUAGUAGCCGAAGGGGGGGCUGGGGAAGCGCAGGGGAAUGCGACGAGGGGCAGGCGGGAAGAAUCGGGGGACUUGGGGGUGAGGUCGCAGGCGCGGGCGCAGACGCAGGCGCAGGCGCGGGCGCGGGCGCGGGCGCGGGGAAGGUUCCCCCUCGCAGCCACGUACAGGCGCUGCUGGAGGACGCGCGGAGCCGGCGCGAGGCGUAUCUGCGCAUCCGAAGCCGCAGCGGGUCGCUCUCCGUAUCCCCCUUUACUUUCGCCCCUCAUGCGCUCACUCCCGCGCCCGGCCCUCCCCCCGCUACUGCCACGCCCGUUCCAGCCCCAUCCCGCGUGCAAACGUUUUCCCGCCUAGACAUCCCGUUGUCUCCCCACUGCGUCUCGUCCACCUCCUCCUCCCCCUCGCCUUCCCCUUCCGCGUCCCUUCCCCCGCCGCUCGCUUUGUACGCUGGCACAAACUCCCCCCCGCUCUCCCUCGCGCACAUUCAGCUGCUGUCGCAGAAGCGCGGAAGCGGGGGAGAAGGCGGAGCGGCAGGGGAAGCGGGGGGAGCGGGAGAAGUGGGGGGUGAGGAUGUUGGUCUGGCGCAAUCCCAGAACCACAUUUCCGCCGCGGCUUGCGCCGCGGCCGCCUUUACCGGCGCAACAGGCGGAGGGUUGGGCGCUGCAGGCGGAACUUUGGUCGCAACAGGCGGAGAGCUGGGCGCGGAAGGCGGAAAUCUGGGCGCAACAGGCGGAGCGGAGGCGGUGCAGGCGUGGCGGCACGGGGAAGGGCAGGCGCAGAGGCGCAGCGGCAUGCCGCCCCUGUCCCCGCGGUCGUCCGCACCAUUGGGGGUCACGGUCUUUGGCGCGCGGGGAAGGCCCGCACAGAAGCCAGACGCUGCGCGCAAUCUCUUAGUCUCGCUCUCCCCCUCCGCCUCCUCCCCCUCGCCUGCUUCCCCCUCCGCCUCCCCCUCCCCCCGCGCACUCCUCCCCGGUGGUGUUUCCCUCGCGCGCAUCCCUAUCAGCCCGCCUGUUUCCGCCGGCAGCCCGCGCUGCACCAGCGGCGGCGCAAGCGGAAGCGGAAGCGGAGGCGGGAGCAGCAUUUUCAGUGUGGAGAAGAACAGGAGCAGCAGCGGCGGCGGUACCAGUGCUGGCGGCGGAAUCACGAGCAGCGCCAGCAGCGGCGCCAUCAGCAGCAGCAGCUAUACCGGCGAGCCGCAGUCUGGCCGCAUUCCCGUGAGCCGAAGCUUCGAUCUCAGCGCCAUUCGCGGCCGCGGCGGCGGCGGCGACGGCAGGGACAGCAGCAGCGGAGGCAGCGGGGGAGAGGGCGGCGGUAGAGGCGCGGGCGGUGGCGGAGGGGGGACGAGGGGGAGGCAGCGGCGAGGCGCGAUCAGGGAGGUGAGUAAGAGCGCGUCGUGGGUGGCGGGCGCGGGGUCACCCGCCACUAGCGGGUCUGGCAAGGGGUUGUGGGGCAGAGUGGGUCGUGAGGCGGUGGCGAACAGGGAGGGGAUGGAGGGGAGGGAGGGGAGGGAACAGCGUGGGGAGGCAUGGCAGCGGCAGCAGCGGAUUGGCCGGCGAUCGGUCGUCUUCUCGCCUGAUGUCGCCCAUGGUGUUGCACGUAGUGCAGGCAGGGACGAGAGGUCGUCGCACUCCCACUCCCACUCACACUCACACUCACACUCACACGCGCAUACAGCGGUGAAGCAGAGCUUUUCCAGCCCGCUGCCGCUCUUGCACCCGCCGUAUGAGGCGUCUAGCAAUGCGCCCCUGUCGCACCCGCCACCCGCUCCUGUCUCGCCUCCACUGCUCUCACCUGGCCCCUCUCCUCCCCAUUCCUCCUUCUCCGGCCCUCUUUCCUCCUCCCCCUUCUCCGGCCCUCUCACCUCCUCCCCAUUCUCCGGACCUCUCUCCUCAUUCUCCGGCCCCCUCUCCUCCUCGCUCCCUUCCGCCUCGCCCCUCACGCGCGGCCUCUCCAAAACCUCUCUCAAGCGCGCCCCCUCCCCCACAGCCGUCCACGAGUCACCCCAGUCAACGCAGAGGGCGCCGUCCCCUCGAGUGGGCUUCGAGUGCGGUCAGCAGGCGCCGUCCCCCCGCGCGCGAGGCAGUGGCGGCACAGCCACAGUCGCAGGCGCAGGCGCAGGCGCAGGCACAGCUGCAGCUGCAGGCACAGAAAGCGUUUCGCCUGGCGUUACAUUGGAUGGCGAUGCUGCUGCUGCUGCCAGCAGCAGCGCUGGCGGUGUUGCCAGCUGUCGCUUUCCGUCGAGCCGUUCCGUGGAUGCAGGCAAGUCAGGUGCUGCUGCUGCUGGGGGGGGCUCGCGCGGGCGCAGGCUGAUGAAGGGCGGCAGCGCGCAGGAGCGCGGGCUGGCGCGCAUAGGCGAGCGAGACGAGCCGUGGGGUGCUGUGCCUUCCUCCGUGUCCGCUUCAGGAGUCGUUUCUGUUUCAGCAUUAGCGGCAGACGCAGCAGCUGCAGGUGCAGCAGGUGCAGGGGUUGCAAGGGGUGCAGCAGGGUUGGGAGGGAUGGCAGAGGCAGCAGCAGGGAGCAGGGAGUAUGUGAAUCGGAAAGUGCAGAUCCCACAUUCCUGGAAAGCCCCUCCGACCAUUAUCGUGCCCUCUCCCUCCUCCUCAUCCCCCUCCAUCUCCUCCCUCUCCUCUAUCCCCUCCCUUUCCUCCUUUCCCUCCUCCUCUUCCAUCCCCUCCUCCUCCUCUAUUCUCUCCUCCUCCUCCUCCUCCUCUUCUCUCGCCUUUGCGUCGCCUGCCCCCACAAGUCAAUCUCCAAUGCUGCCUUCUGCUACUCCUGUUGAGGCUGCUGCGUCUCAAAAUUCAUCCCCAGUGCUGCCCUCACCUGCGGCACCUGAUGAAACACCUGAGGGGACACCUGAAGCGGCACCUGAAACGGCACCUGAAGCUCGCAGUGUCGCUUCUGAGGCGACUCGCAGCAACUCUUCCUUCCUCCGACGACCAGCCACCCCAUACCUAGCUCCACCUGCCGUUACCGAACCAGCCACACUCACCGAGCCUGCACCAGCAUCUGCUACCGAGCCUGCUGCUGAGGCUCGGGGGAGGGUGGGCGGGUUCAGUGAGCCAAUGAAACGAGUGGUCCGGUUCAGCAAGGAAGGUUCGGUCCCUUGCAACGAGCAGCAUUCCCUCUCAGGCUCUUUUCCUGCUGUCGCUCGCUCUCAGGGGGCGGGUCGCCGCUCCCUCUCCCCGCCCUCUGCCCUCUGCUCCUCUGCUGCGGCCAGUGCAGGGCAGGUGAGCGCAGGGCAGGUGAGCGCAGGGCAGGUGAGUGCUUUCGUGAGGGCUCGUGAUGGUGGCCGUGCGAAGCAUGGUGGCAGUCGGCUAAGUGGUGUGCAGCAGAGGAAGGCCGGUGAGACCAAGGGUGGUGGGAGGAGGGGUGGCGGGGUGAAGGCUGGUGAGAGUUCCUGUGGGGAGGAGGAGUUGGUACCUAGUCCGGCUUCUUCCACUUCAUACUCCCCUUCCUCCUCCCCUUCCUCUUCCUCCUCGUCUCCCUCCUCCUGUUCCCGCUUUAUUGAGGCAAGUAGCAGCAGUAACAGCGGCAACAGUGGCAACAUUGGCAGCAGCGGAAACAGUGGCAACGUUUGCAGCGGUCAAAUUCAGGUGGCAGGGAACGCACGGCCAAAAGAAAGGCAGGGUGAGAGCGGGAGCCUGUUACGGGAACAGGAGCAGCAGCAAUCGCAGCACAAAGAGCGUCAGCAGCAGCAACAGCAGGAGCAGCAGAAGCAGCAGCAGGAGGAGGAGGAGGAGGAGGAGGAAGAGGAGGAAGAGGAGGAAGAGGAGGAGCCAGGAGUGGAGAGUGCAAGGCGGUAUGUGCUGCGGCGGCCGUAUGCAUAUGUGCAUGCGGCCUACAGCAUGGAUGGGCAAGCAGAUGGAGCAGAGGGAGCAGCGGCAGCAGCAGCAGCAGCAGCGGUGGCACCUGGAGCAAGGGCAGUGGGGGUGGAGGAGCGGGCGUGCGUGUGCAGGAGGACGGGGAGGCAGUACUGGUGCCGCACGCUGUGCAAGGCGGCUCUCAGAAGCGCAGCAGCGGUGGAGGCGGUGGGGCGCAAGGUGGCCAUGCUGGAGAUGGUGCGGGGGGCGCCGCAUGUGGUCACCAUGCUGCGAGCAUUUGAGGACACGCAGGCCAUCCACAUGGUAUUGGAGCACUGUCCCGGAGGCAACCUUGCCGAUCGCCUCGCUUCCUGCCGGGCCUUCUCCGAGCCUGACGCCGCAGCUGUGGUUCGGCAGGUGGCGGCAGGUCUGGCGGCGUGCCAUGAGAUGGGGGUGGUGCACCGGGGAGUGAGUGCGGAGGCUGUGCUGCUGAUGGGGCAGGAGGGAUCCCCUGUGGAUGUGCGGUUAUCUGGCUUUCAACAUGCCACCUUCUUUGAACCUGGUCGCCUGCACACGGAGGCAGUGGGAGCACCGGCAUACAGGGCACCGGAGAUGAUCCAGGGGGGGUACGGCCCGCCAGCAGACGUGUGGAGCCUCGGGGUUGACUCACAGCCGCAUGGGCAGUCGCUGCUACUGCCCGGAGCUGUGCCGCCCGGUGCACAGCUGCACGGUGCAGGGCUGUCAGGGGAGGGUGUGGUGUCGGCGCCAUCGUCCGCUGCGUCUUCACCUGGUUCUGCGUCCUCUCAGUGCUCUCCCUCUUUCAGUCAGUCCCCGUCUCCUGUCGCCACUUCAGCUGCUGCUGCAGCAGCAGAGGCAGUCACAGGAAGGGUGGAGGGGAAGUAUGGGGAAGGGGAAGGGCAGAGCACAGAUGGGUAUGAGGUAUCAAUGGCAGGGCAAGUGGCUGUGUCAGAGGCAGGAGUGUUGGGUACGGAGUCGGUAUCACCAGCAGUUCCCAAUGCGCCUGGAGAAGGCACCAGUGGGGCAAAUGGGAGUGGGAGUGAUGGGAGUGGUGGUGAUGGAGUCACCGGGGUGGAGGGUGAGGUGCAGGAGGGUGUGUGGUGGGUGCAGCUGUCGCCUCCAGCGGUGGACCUGCUAAGGCGCAUGCUGGAGAAGGACCCUGGGAGGCGCAUAGAUCUGCACCAGGUGCUGCAGCACCCCUGGAUUCAACGAUUGUGA